AUGAAGAGGGGCACCUUUGCCAUCCUUACUGUUAUUGGAAUUUAUGGAGAGAUCUUCAGGAUAUCAGCAUGGUAGGAGUUCAAGCCUCACUGCUACUCGGUGGUUGCCACCCACUUCAAAAAGGAUGGCCUUAAAAUUCUGUUCAAUGAGGUGUUUUAUUGUUGUUUUUCUGUCUUUCCCUCCUUCAGGUCCGUGAACAACUUUUUGAUGUCAGGAACCCAGGUAAUUUCCACCCACCCCUUUUCAGUAUUGUGAGUUUAAAUAGCUUUCAACCUAGUCUGCUUGAAUGAAGUACCCACAUCUGCUGAUACAAAGGUACAAUUCCUGGUGCAGAAUGGAGGGGAACUGGAUAGAAACUGGCUGUUUCAAGGAUGUUGGGGGUGGGGGUUGAGAGAGAAAAAAUAAACACCUCAUGUCACCCCUUUUUUGGUCUGUUAAAGGCAUAUUUGACAUAUUCAUCCAGUGUGGCUGCUGGUGCCGUACGUGGAAUUGAAGAAUGUAAGUACCAGUUUGCCUGGGAGCGUUGGAAUUGUCCUGAGAGCACCCUGCAACUCUCCACUCACAAUAAGCUGAGAAGUGGUAAGUGGAUUUCCGCAUGUCCUUUCCUACAGACAGGUCUGUCUGGGUUCUGUGGUGGGCAACUUCUAAUGAGGAAAUGUGGGCUUCUUGGCAAUGUCAGGCUUUGAUCCUGGAAUGUGUGAAGAAAUGAACAAACGAAAAUGCUUUUGGAACACAUUCAGAGUUGUUUUUUUUUAAUGAAUAAGUUAUCAUUUAUUGCGUCUCGUCCCACCCUUCUUCUAAGGAGCUAAGGCUGGGGCACAAAGUUCUUUUGCACUCCUUUUACCUUUCACAACAACAACAGCCUUGUGAGGUAGGUAAGGCUGAAAGUGAGCAACUGGCCAAAGGUCACCUAGUGAGAUUCGUGGCUGAGUGGAAAUUGGAAGCAAAGUUUCUUCAGCUCUUGCCUCACAGUCCACCAACCUGGCUCUCAUUUCCAUCACCACUGAAGAACAGGGAAAGUGCUUCCAGAUCAGGGGGUACUUUUUCCCUGAGAGACCUCUCCCCCUCAAAAAAUAACAUUGGAUUUACCCAAUAACAUAUCUAUUUAUUUUAAAGCUACAAUCUCUCUUCCUAUUUAUCUUGUUUUUUAAAAAAUGUCAAACUAUCUUACAAAAUGCAAAUGGAAGGAAUCCAUCUCCAGAAUAAGAAGAGCUAAACAAACAAAACAAAAACUGCUGUGUUUUUAGAGAAUUUCUGAUAUUUUAUUAUUUAUUGUUAUUUCAUUUUAUAAUACUGUUUUAAGGCCCAUGUGUUUGCCGUCCUGGACUUCUUUAGGGGGUGGGUGGGAUAUAAAUUCAAUAAUACAUUAAAUGGAUGGGUGCAAUUCUGUGCCAGUCUACUCAGAAGUACAUCCCAUUGAAUUCAAUGAGAUGUACUCCAAGAUAAGAAGGUAUAGGAUUGAAGCUUCAACAGUAAUACAAGAAUAAGUGAACUGCUGCGAGUACCAAAUGCUCCAGAGGUACCCUUAGUUUUUAUAAGAAAUAGAGUAUAUGGUGUUUCAGCUCCAGCUUUCUGAAAAUAAUUACCAGCUGAAGUGCCUAGUACUGUAUCUUCAUAUUUAGGUGGCUACAUUUUUGUUUAAGAAUGGUUUUAUUGUUUUUAGUUUGAGUCUGUAUCUUUGGUAUUUUAUCGUAUUGCACACUGCUUCUGUAGCUUUUAACUAUAAAGCGGUAUAUAAACCUGCAAAAUAAAUAAGUAUUAGCAGCAGCAGCAGCUUUAUUUCCCAAGAGCUUUUAGAACAGUACCUUCUCUGUACUUUCACCAAACAGGCAUGCCAACUUUGUAUGAUAUGACUCUAAAGCAAGAUAGUUUACCAGCCCAAUAGCUGGGAUAUAAAAGUUGUGAUCAUAGACUUUUUUGUUUCUGUGUUAAAUGAUUGUAUAUAUUACAUAAUGCUCUGAUGCUAGUGAUACACAGACCAUGUUUAGUGCAGAAAAAUAAAACCUGACCUAAUGCUUAGUUCCAAGUAUUAUAUAUGAAUGCUCAUGUUAUAGUGGAUUUAUAAAAGGGAUCUAGAGACCAGGAAAGAGUAGAAGAAGAAAUGUAGGGGACAAUUUUGACCUUUUCUUUUCUUUUCUCCUGAUGCUGACUGGUCCUUCUUUCAGCUACCAGGGAGACGUCUUUUGUUCAUGCCAUUAGCUCAGCUGGCGUAAUGUACACUCUUACCAGGAACUGCAGCAUGGGAGAAUUUGAAAACUGUGGCUGCGAUAACUCAAGAAAGGGACAUGCAGGUGAGACCUCAUCUUGGUGGGCAUAAUUCUGGUAUGAGUUCAUUACGUAUUGCUUUGCUUUUCACACUUCUAGGUGGCAGAAUCUCCAUCUCCAUGCUUUGUGCCACCUGUUUUUGGUUGCUAAGUCUGGCUUCCCACUAGCAUGAAAGAUACAAUUCAAACUAAAUUAUAAUUAAAUUAUAUUUCUUAGCCCCUACUUUCGUUCCGGUCCAAACCUGGCUACUACCCCUUUCCCUGUUUCUUCUGUGAUACCUCCAUGUGCUCAAACCCAUUUCUGUUGGAAGAUUCAUACCAGAACAGUUUGCAAAUUAUGUUAUUUUUGUCCCCCCAGGUGGAAAAGGAUGGGUUUGGGGAGGCUGCAGUGACAAUGUAGAAUUUGGUGAAAGAAUCGCCAAAAAAUUUGUGGAUGCUUUGGAGACAGCGCAUGAUACCAGAGCUUCAAUGAAUUUGCACAAUAAUGAAGCAGGGAGACUGGUAAGUGAGAAAAUAUGUAGUCUUCAUUUGAAAAAUACUUCUUUUAGAAUGUGUAAAUGGCCAAAGAGAAGAGUGACCUGAGAGUCGCCCCUUCAGGCUGUCCUUUUCUGAAUAAGCUGACUGACUCACUGAUUUCAUGGACUGACUGGAAAUAAGGGUUGCUCAACAUUGAAUGCGGGCAGAGUCACCUUAUCAGGCCCUCAGGGUGAAUUCCUGAUUAAUUUUACCUGCUUCUUAUUUUCUGAAAUAGAGAUGGGGCAUACCUAAUUGUUUUAAGCAGGAUGGAGAAACUACCACUUCAGUGGGUUACUUUAAAAACAAAACAAAAAACCCCUUACAAUUGUAUUCAUUUGUAUUCGGUUGCAACAAAACAAGAAAAUAGCAGUAAAAAUGUAUUUAUUUAUUUCAUAAAAUUUAUAGACCGCUUGAUUGUAAAAAAAACACACACCCUUAGAGCAGUUGACAAAAACUAGAGAGAGUAAAAUCAGGAAAAAUGUACAACCCUACUUUAAAAUAUACCAAAGUUAAAAUGCUAAAACAGAUUAAAAUCACCUCGUUUUCUAAGCGUCUCGAUUGGUUUGUCUAAAUAGGAAUGUUUUUAGCAAGCACCGAAAAGAGUACAGGUCUCAAUAGGCAGGGAGUUCCACACUGUAGGUGCUGCCACACCGAGCAGUCAAGUUCUUACAAAUGUGGAACGGGUAUUAUGUGGCGCCUGUAGUAGUGCCAAUUUGGCUGAAGCGGCAUAGGUAUGGUAAAGUGAUCUCAUAGGUAAACUGGUUCCAAGUUGUUAAGAGUUUUAUAUACCAAGAGCAGUGGGGUUUUUUCCCUAAAAAAAAUGUUUAGGGGUACUCUCAUUCUGCACUAACAGCAGAUUCCAGAUUAAGCACGAGGAGAGCCCCACAUAGAGUGCAUUGCAGUAAUGCAGUAGAGUGCAUCGAAGUAACCAAUGCAUGAACUAUUGUGGCAAGGCUUUCCUGGUCCAAGAAUGGCCAUAGCUGUCGAACCAGCUGCAGUUGGUAAAAGGCACUUGUAGCCACAGAGGUUACCUGAGCCUCCAGUGACAGAGCUGGAUACAGAAGCACCCUGAAACUGCUCCUUCAGGAGACAAGCAACCCCACCUAGGUUUGUGUUCUCAGACACAAAAAACAAAAAUAUACACUUUGCUUCUAUCCAUAUGGCUACCAGACCCGUAAUCAGCUGAGCAAAAUUGUUGCCUGUUCUCUGUUAGAUGGAUCAGUUUUCUGUUCUAGGCUCUCUGGUCGUGGUUCAACCUAGUGGCUUGAACAAGUCUCAUUAUGACUCCUCCUCACUCUGUUUCAAAACAAGGGAAUGUUUUUACACAAAGGUGAUCAGUUCUGUUUGAUUAGUGUGAUGCAACUGAAAUUUGAAAGAAGCAAAUUUCUGGUUUAAUCUCUGUUUAUAUAUAACAUGACUUUAAACAGUUUGUUCUGUUAAGCAAAUUUUUGGGUGCAAUGAAGAUUAACCUCUUAGGCAAAGGACUAGCAUCCUAUACAUUCCUGAUAGAAACAUGCCAGUCUUGAGUAUCUUCUGGACUGAAAAUUCAAGCUGCAAUUCUAUGCCUACUGGGAAGCAAGCCCCACUGAACACAGAGGAAUGAUUUUUGAGAAACAUGCAUUGGAUUGGAUGGCAUGCUGCUUCCAUCUAAAACAACUCCACAUAAUUAGGAAAUUUAGCUUCUGGAAAAUAAAUACUGAAUGAGAGUUGAUAACUUUUAAGAUGUAGGGAAGCUUCUGAUAGCAUUAUUCCAAAUAUCGAUCACCAAGGACCGGUGUUGGCAUGCAUCAUGGUGAGCCCAACAUGGUUAUCACCGGUCACCAGCUUCCUUUAUUAAGAAAUAAAUAUUAAAAAGCUUUUAAUGGCAUGGUGCUAAACCCAGGGCUAUAAAUGGAAGCACAUUUUGCUCAGGCUGCAGGUGCUAUUAACUUAAUUUCCCCAGAAUUACUACUAUAUUGGGGUCUAGGGGCAUUCUGGGUAAAUUAAGCCCUGAUGGGAAGGAAGACAGUUGCUGUUUAUCAUGCACUUUAUACCUGCCUAAAUUCCCUCUCCUACACAACUUUUUAAAGUGUGAGCAGUGCUUUUUUUCUAGAAAAAUAGGUACUGGUACUCACUAUGAAGUUCUUAAAGUAAGUGCUACACUUUUUAAUAACAAAAAAGAGGUUUUGAUACUGGGUGUGGCGCUGUGGGUUAAACCACAGAGCCUAGGGCUUGCCGAUCAGAAGGCUGGUGGUUCGAAUCCCCGCCACGGGGUGAGCUCCCGUUGCUUGGUCCCUGCUCCUGCCAACCUAGCAGUUCAAAAGCACGUCAGAGUGCAAGUAGAUAAAUAGGUACUGCUCCGGCGGGAAGGUAAACGGCGUUUCCGUGCGCUGCUCUGGUUUGCCAGAAGCAGCUUAGUCAUGCUGGCCACAUUACCCGGAAGCUGUACGCCGGCUCCCUCGGCCAAUAAAGCGAGAUGAGCGCCGCAACCCCAGAGUCGGUCAUGACUGGACCUAAUGGUCAGGGGUCCCUUUACCUUUACCCUUGAGUACCCCCGGGGGAAAAACCUGCACUGGGUCCUCUUUUGCUUGCAAUAAGGUGUCCUCCAGAUGCUUUUUGACUCCCCAUUGGCCACAGUCAGGAAUGAUGGGAGCUAGAGUCUAGCAACAUCCGAAGGGCACCUGUUGGCUUCUCCUACUAAGGGCAAAUGAAGAUAGCCACUAUUACAGCUGCCUUGCCUGGUGCUUCUCUUCUCUGUGUCUCACCGAAUGUUAUGGCCCACAUCCUCUCUCUGCCCCUUGCAAUUUACAUCAGUGUGGAACUGGGGGGUGGGCACAGAGGGCACAUUUCUCAGGCUCAUUCCAGACUUGGUGUUCUUAAUUGUUCUCCUGUCUCUCACCCAAGGCUGUAAAAGCAACCAUGAAGAAGGUUUGCAAAUGUCACGGGGUCUCAGGGAGCUGCAGCAUCCAAACCUGUUGGCUCCAGCUUUCAGAUUUUCGAGAGACAGGAAAUUACCUGAAGAUCAAAUACCGCCAGGCUCAGAAGCUGGAGACAGACAAGAAGAGAAUGAGAGCGGCAAACAGUGCAGACAGUCGUGGAAUCACACUCGAGACCUUCAGCACCCUGCUAUCCGGUGAACUUGUCUACUUGGAGGACUCUUCUGACUACUGCGUCAAAAACAUGACCUUGGGCCUCCGCGGCACCGAAGGACGAGAAUGCCUGCAAGGCGGUACAAACCUGUCCCAGUGGGAGAAGCGGAGCUGUAAAAGGCUCUGUUCAGAGUGUGGGUUGAAAACGGAGGCUAGGCAGACAGAAACAGUCACCAACUGCAACUGCAAGUUCAUCUGGUGUUGCACCGUGAAAUGUGAACAGUGCAAAGAAGUAGUCACCAAACAUUACUGCUCCAGACAAGACAGCUCUUCCUCCAAUAACACUCGGAGGCGAAACAAAGGACGCAAACCAGCAGCUGUCUAA